AUGGCCAAUGAUUCCUCGAAAGAGAUUGCGGUUGAGAAUGACUUGCAUCGGGCCGCUAUAGAGCCAACUUCCAGAGAGAAAGGACUGUCAGCGGAAAGGAUUCCAGAAAACGAUAUCAGCCAACAAUCCGACGAAUGGGUAGACGAGAAGCCCCCUGAGGAUGUCCCGCCAGAUGGUGGUUAUGGAUGGGUGUGCGUGGCAUGCUCAGCUUGGAUUAACGGAAACACAUGGGGUGUCAAUAGUUCAUAUGCCGUCUUCCUAUCAUAUUACUUGUCCAAUGAUAUCUUCCCCGAUGCCAGCGACAUCACCUACGCUUUUACCGGCGGCCUAAGCAUGUCAUGUUGCCUCCUGGUCGCUCCCUUGGUAACACACCUGGUUCACCUUUAUGGCAAUCGACCAAUUCUUAAUGUAGGAGUUGUGAUCCAAACAAUUUCAUUUAUCGGCGCCUCCUUUGCUAAGGAGCAAUGGCAACUCUUUCUGAGCCAGGGUGUCUGUUUCGGGUUCGGUAUGGGUUUCUUGUUCAUUGGAUCUGUCGGGGUUACAUCACAGUGGUUUCUCCGCAAACGAAGCAUCGCAACCUCCAUUGCAGCCGCAGGCUCCGGUAUCGGCGGAUUAACUUAUUCUUUAGCCACGGGCUCCAUGAUAUCGCGAUUCGGGCUUGGGUGGACAUUUCGUAUCCUCGGUAUUAUCACAUUUGUGGUCAAUCUCAUCGCGGCCAAUCUAAUCCGAGACCGAAAUAAAGCCACCGGAUCGCAAUACAAAGCAUUUCAUUUCCCGUUGCUCAAGCGGCCUGAAUUCCUCCUAUUACAAGCAUGGGGUUUCUUCAGCUUGCUAGGAUACGUCGUGGUGCUCUUCAGUCUCCCCAACUUUGCGCUAUCGAUCGGACUCACCGCACAUCAGGGCAGUAUUGUUGGUGCUGUCCUUAACCUUGGACAAGGAUUGGGUCGCCCAGUCGUUGGUUUACUCAGUGAUCGCUAUGGCCGUCUCAACAUGGCCACCAUUAUCUCGAUUUUCUGCGGUGUAUUCUGCUUAGCGGUCUGGACCCCAACGCAAAGUAUGGGUCUGUUAUGUUUCUUUGCAAUCAUAGUGGGAACUGUGGCAGGCACCUUCUGGACCACCGUUGUUCCAGUGUGUGCUGAAGUGAUUGGUCUCCAACAGCUCCCCAGCGGAUUAAGUCUCAUCUGGGUUCUUAUGGUUCCGCCGACAACCGUUGCGGAGCCAAUCGCAGUCGUCGUGAAGGAUGAUUCGAAGAAAAAUCGAGCUUAUUUAUACUCCCAGCUAUUCGCAGGACUCACAUAUAUCGCUGGCGCCUUGUGCCUGUGGGUCGUGCGCGGUUGGAAAAUUGGCGAUAACAUCGUUACUGCAGAGAGAAACGCGGCCGCAGAUGCUGCCAAUGCUACGAGGAGGCUAAAGAUUAGUGGAAAUCCACAUGAUCCAACGGCUGGUGUCCCAGAUGGCAGCUGUAUUUCUAGAGAGAAACCUCAUGCCCCAACCCAACCAACCCUAUCACCGCCAGCACCGACCCCAGGUCCUAUUGUUCCUGCAAAUACAACGAGUUUAUGGAAGCCUACCCUCCUUCUCCGCAGGAUGGUCGCUUGGGAACUUGUUUGA